GGGCAGCUGGAGGGAGACGGGGGGCUGCAAUCCGCAUAAGUCUGGAAGCAUUUUUUUUCCCGAUUGCAACGCACUUCACAGAAACACAACAAAGAAAAAGGAAGAAUAUUCGACGAUCCAUACGGAAAUUUAUUAUAACGCAUAACAAGAUUAAGACCGCCCUGAUCACAAAGACCAAACGAAGAGAACAGGGUGCAGCGGAUUGUUUCAUAGCCAACAAACAUUCAAGGAUCCGGGGAAGGAGAGCAAAAUCACGAAACACCCUCCCUUAUUUUACGUAUUGAGUCCAGAAAAAUAUAAAGCAAAAAUAAAACCUUUGACAGCCAUAUGAAGUCCUCCUCUCUCUCUGCUUGCCCCGGGUUGUUCUAUUUAUUUAGACCACUGGUCAUACAACAAAUAGCCUAGCUUUCGUGGAAAACGAAGUAUUUUAGUGAUGUUACAACAUGCAAUUUAAACACAGAGUGGGAAACGAAUAGUAAAUUAAAGUUUUAUAUACCAAUGAUUACGUUUUCCGCACUCGUCGAAAUUUACAAACGGAAAGCUUUCAUUCACAAGCGGAAUAGUGCCUUUAGUUAACGGAUGGACGGAAAGAACUAGCCUGCCUGGCUGCAGUAGCAAAAACGCAAUAAGAAGAUACAAUCUGAAAAAAAAGGUUAACAUUUCUGAACUAACAUUUUGAGCGACGAGUUUCAGAGGAACGACACGGUUCUCCAAUUCUCGCAGGCAGUGGGACCCCAUGGAGGCGUGCUCGGUGCUUAGUCUGAAACGCAGAUUCCAGGAGGUGGACAGUGGCUCGCCCUACUCCACCCCCAAAGACUCGGACGAUGACAUCUUAAGCAGCGAUAGCGUCGACAGCUGCGACAGCCUCAACCCUCCAUCCUCCACCUCCCUCACGCCCCCCUCCAUCUUGCGGCAGCGCCGACCCCCCCCGGGGCGGAAGAGUGUGCGUUUCGACGCGGUGACGGUGUACUACUUCUCGCGGCGGCAGGGCUUUAACAGCGUGCCUAGCCAGGGGGGCAGCUCCCUGGGCAUGGCUCAGCGACACAGCGCCAUCCGCCGCUACACCCUGGGGGAGUUCGCCCGCGAGCAGCGCACCACCCACCGUCACGUGCUGCGCCAGCACCUGCGGCAGGAGAAGCUGAAGGCCCGGCAGAUGAAGCUGACGCUGAACGGGGCGGUGGAGUGCGCCGAGGCGGAGACGCUGACCCUGGAGGACGUGUCGGACGAGGACCUGGACGUGGAGGGCGUGGAGGUGGACGACUGCUUCUUCCUGCAGCCGCUGCCCACCAAGAGACGGCGCGCCCUGCUGCGCGCGUCCGGCAUCACGCGCAUCGACGGCGGGGAGAAGAGCGAGCUGCGCGCCAUACGGCUGUCCCGCGAGGAGUGCGGCUGCGACUGCCGCUUCUACUGCGACCCCCGCCACUGCGGCUGCAGCCAGGCCGGCAUCAAGUGCCAGGUGGACCGCGUGUCCUUCCCCUGCGGCUGCUCCCGGGACGGCUGCGGCAACGCGGCGGGCCGCAUCGAGUUCAACCCGCUGCGCGUGCGGACGCACUACCUGCACACCAUCAUGAAGCUGGACCUGGAGAAGAAGAGGCUGAUGGGAGUUGGAGUUUGCGAAGGGCUGGAGGCGGCCGAGGCCGUGUGCUCCAUCACCCCGGACCACGGAGCCCCCGCUCACUUCGCCGCCGAGAUUGAGCUGCGCUCCCUGGCCGCGCCAGCAGAGGGCGCUGACGGGGACCUGGCCUACAUCUCCCAGGGCGACAGCCUGGCGCUGGAGAACGAGGCGGCCGUGCUGCACCUGCAGAGUGCCGAGGAGAGGGAGAGGCUGAGGGAGCAGGAGGAAGAGGAGGCUAACGGAGGCCCGGGGGGGCUGGCUGACUCCGGGCUGUGCCUCCUGCCCGAAUCCCUGCAGGGCGGGGAGGCUGUGCAGCAGGGCGAGGAGCCCAUCAUUAUCCAGGGCCCCUUCCCUCCCGGGACAUCGGUGCUGUGCAUCACUGAGGGCCAGGAGGGCCCAGAUCCCCAGGCUUUCCUGAAGGACCCCGCCUCCCUGCUCUUCUACCACAUAGGCUCCAUGCAGCCAGAGCCCACGGUACUGCCACAACAGGGGGGACAGGAGGGGGGAGCAGCCAAGGAGGACCAGGAAGACAGAGCAGUGGAGGUGACCUGUCCAGAGAAUUCCCCGGAGGCCGUGGUCCUCUGCUCUGAAAACUACGGCGGGACUGAAGAUGGGCACCUCCUGCAGGAGGGGUCCUUUCAAAGACUGCGUGGGCAGCCCCAAGAAAAUGCCCGAGUGGCCUUCGAUGGAGAAGAACGCACACUGCCUCUUGAGGCCCUCGGUCCUUAAAUUUUGCAGAUGUUUUGCACAGAUGCACAGUAUCUAUUAAAGCUUGUUGCCUAAAUUAGUAUAAAUUAUUAUUAUUAUUAUUAUUAUUAUUAUUAUUAUUAUCAUUAUUAUCAUUAUUGUUAUUAAUAACUACUUGGAGGGUGGUUUUUAUAAAGAUGAGCAUGUGUUAUAAAUGAUAGAUCUGGACAGACAGUGGUGAUUGCUCUCUCUGGUCUGUCUAAUUGGGCUAAUGUGGUGGAAUAUGCAGCAGAGAUCAGUUGCUCUGGAUUAAUGGACACAGGUUGCAGGGUUUCACCUUGGCCCCCAUGCGUAUCUCAGCAGUUAGUGGGCUACAUUCCCUGUUUGAGUGGGGAUGCCAGUCUUACCUCAUUCUGUGGCAAUCAUCAAUCCACAUCUCUGUGCACUAGAUAUUGAUUAUUACGUUGGAUUAGUGUGCUUUUAAAAAGACAGAAUUCCUCAAUGUGUCUUCUGUAAGAGGAUACUUGGGGUACGAUAUGAGCCACUGAUGAAUCCCUAAUUCAGAACGGCCCAUCCUGGGAAUACUUGGUAAAGAUCUGAUGUACUGUAUAGAGUUUGGGAGAAGGGGGAGUUUUCUGAACCAGUGUUAAAAAUGUUGGCUUUUUGACCCCCUGUGAGGUUGCAAAGAAGAUGCAGACUAAAUAUGUAUGCAGGUUUGCACAGUCUUUAUUUAAAUUAAUGUUUUGCGAUGGUAAUUGUCAAAGUACAAUAUCGUUAAUUUUAUUCUAGUUUCAUUCAUAAAACUGCACAUUGAUCAUUAUUCCAUCUUAUUCCAAGUGUUUUAUAUCACAAUGCAAUAUGUACUAUUGUAAGCUCAAGUUGUAUUAAUACAGUAUGAACUGUAUUAACUAAUCAUAUUUACCCUGUUUUCAUCCAUUUGGAUUCAUAUUUCAAAGAAUCUUCUAGAAACAGCUAAAUGCAUAAAUCCAGUUUUCCCCACCUCUAAUGAAAAUAAUUUUCUCUAAAUGCAUAGCUUUAAAGGGCACCUAGAGCACGUCAAAAAUUGCAGUUUUUACAUUUUUGUUAUACAACUGGAAUUCAAACUUCAGGAAAAAUUCUGUAAGGAUGCUGAGAGACAUUUAAAUGCAACAGGGUAAAUUUCCUCAAGACAAUUCUAUACAAGAAAAUAUAGAAUUAUGAUUUUUUUCCAGAGAUUGACUGGAUCUCAUGAUGGGGCAGUUAUGUGCAAUCUUGCUGGGUGGAUGUGGCAGGGGUCAGGGUUAGGGCUGUUGGCAGUACCUGGCUGUUGACUGUCAGGGUCUUGAACCUUUCUGAAUGUAUUGUAGCUACAGAAGAGGUGUAUUGCUAACCAUGACAUGUCAGUGUGAGGUGCUCCAGGAUGUUGGCUCUCCUGUUGUUAGCAGCCCGACUGCCUCUUGCCUGCCACCAUAUAGAAAGGUUUGUGUAAGAUCUGUGUAAACCCCUGGUUAGACAUGAAGAAAACUGUGGAACUGACGGCAUCACAUCCACAUUUGAAUGUGUGAGAUUCCACCAUGUUCUGCAUGGAAAUACUGAGGUGUGACUAAUCAAUUUUUCACAUUUGGGUAAUUGAUUAAAUUGAUUAAAUUGAUGUUUAGGAAAUUAGGUGAAUAGGAUGAUUUCAUUAAUCAGUGUAUAUGUUAUGGAAAGCAUAUUACCAGUAUACAGCUUCUGUCAUUUUGAAGCGAAACCAUGUUGUUGCAGUUUUAAUUAUUUAAAAACAUUCUCUGGGGAAUGUUAUGUUGGGGCAUUAAUGCUAUAGGGUGAUUGACCCAUCGAUGUGUCAUAUGUUCUAGAAAGCUCUUUCCCUGGGUUCUUUUCCCUUCUGGGUGCCUUUUAUAUGCCUUCUGUAGCCAGUUAUGCAAAUUAAAUAUCAAACGCUCUCACAAGGUUCUGCCUUGGCACAUACUGUAUGUGUAAAGCAGAAAUGUGUCAAAUCCAACUGCAACAUUUCUUAUAAAGAGGCAGUAGACUUAAUCUGUCAGGAUCACAGUAGUAGCAAAAAUGCCCUCAGUUUGUGUUGUGACUUCCAUACAUUUUAAAAUCAUAUUGACGGUCCCCUUAUCCUCUGUGAUUUUCCACGGAAUGUGCGCAGCAACUGUUACCAAGGGUAAAUGCAAAAAAGGUGGCACUCAGAAUUGAUUCGGUUUAGCUAAAUAAGUGUGUAAAUGUCAGAUUCUUUGUGUUAACUGUUGUGCUUCGUGUGAGUACAGUGCACAGUGUGAGUGAGGGAACAACCUGGAUGUUUGUUUGGAGGUGUGUCCCUUAUUUAAAUAGAGCGGCUUCUGAUGCCUACUUUGGCCUGGAUGGAGUGAGUCGCCUGUUCUUGUCAUCAUACAGUAUGUUCUUCUUUCCAUGUACUUUUCAAAGCAUUUUUUUACAACUUUUAUUUCAUACACAUUCGGGUUUAUUUUGAAUGUAUUUGAUAUUUAUUAACUGUUAUAAAACACCCCCAGAGAGCUGUGGAGUAAAGUUUGUGCAAUGUCCAUGUCUGAAUUUUUAUUUGCUUAUUAAUAAUGAUAUUUGCUGAUGGAUAACAAGAUUCACUUUUCUUUAAUGCAAAGCUGGCUGGUUUCAUUGCCCUUUCAUUAAACUCCUAAUUGUUCAGAUUUUACAAUAAAAGAAAUGUAUCUGUA